AUGGUGGCAAACGAAGACAACGUAGUAUCCGGGCAGCGUAACCUCGGUCAGCGUGGCAAUAUCCCAUCCGUAGAGAUGAAGAAAGAUGCCUUGAAAAAGUGGGUCGCACAGCAACAUCGGCAACUGAAUGUACAUAGGCACGAGGAGUGGUUUAAGCAUUUGUUAGAACAUAUCGAGGAGGAGACAGAAUCGCACAAAGGCGAAGUACCUGUAAUCGACAAAGACUUAGAAGUGGAAAAAGCAAUGGCAGCAGCAGACAUGCUACGAGUGCGAGAUGUACAACGGUCGCAGCAACUGCAUCGGCAACCUUACAUGAACCAACGGUUCACCGCUAAAACAUGGAUACUGAUCCUGGCAUUAGUCAUAGAACAGUGCGCGGUUGAACGUCGUUUGCAGGAGACGGAGUUAUAUGUGGAUGCUCUAUUGCAACAGUGUUAA